AGUUCCAGGCGCAUAGCAAAGAGUUCAGCAAAAGCAAGAGAGGGUCGGAGGUUAACAGAGGAAAGUACCAGAACUGGAUCAUAUCCCUUUUCAGAGGAUACCAUCACCUUAGGAGAAGAGCUCAUCUCCAGGAUAUCUGAACGACAUAGGCAGAUGUGGCAGCACAGAUUGAAACGACAGACCUCAGACACAGCAGCAGGAAAGCAUGGGCUACCAUACGCAAGCUUGGCAUUGACAACACCCGAGCUGAACAGCAUUACAAUGUUACAGCUGACCAAGUAGCAAACCAACUGUUGCUGAACGGAAAGGCCCCCAAAACAACAAAUACAGACAGGCACAAGCUACCUGGAGCUGACCAUAACCUGUCAUAUUUCACCAGACCUCUCUCUGCUGAAGAGCUACAGAAAGGUAUCUCCACCCUACAGGUCAAUAAGGCAGCAGGCAUCGACGACCUAAGAACAGAGCAGAUCGAACACAUGGGCCCUGCAGCCCAACAAUGGCUACUAGACAUGUUCAACAACUGCAUAGAGAACACCUGUGUCCCAAAAAUAGUGGCUUCGAACCAAAGUCGUUGCCAUCCUCAAGCCAGGAAAGGAUCCAAACGAAGCAAAGAACUUUCGACCGAUCUCACUCCUGUGCCAAACUUACAAGCUUCUCGAACACCUUAUUCUCAACAGAAUUGUACCCCAUGUUGACAGCCAACUAAACUGUGAGCAGGCAGGCUUCCGACCAGGAAAAUCCACCACAGGACAACUUCUUAACCUGACCCAACACAUCGAAGACGGCUUUCAGAACAACCUCAUCACCGGCGCAGUAUUUGUAGACCUUUCUGCUGCAUACGACACUGUCAACCACCAAAGGCUACUGACAAAACUUCAUGACAUCACAAAUGACCUUAAACUCACCAGAUUCAUCCAGAAGAUGAUGCAGAACAGACGCUUCUUUGUCGAACUCGAUGGACUGAAGAGCAGAUGGCGGAAACAGAAGAACGGUCUUCCCCAGGGUGGCGUCCUGGCGCCUACACUCUACAACAUCUACACUGCCGACAUUCCAUCAACUGAGAACACUCGAAACUUCAUCUAUGCAGAUGACACCUGCAUCACAUCCCAGCAUAACACCUUUGAAGCUGUUGAACACCACCUCAACAAAGCGCUCGCAAACCUGUCAGAAUACUACCAAGCAAACUACCUGCGAGCAAACCCGUCCAAGACCCAGGUGUGUGUCUUCCACCUCAAGAACAGGGAGGCCAAGAGGGAACUGAAGAUAGAGUGGAACAAUGUGCAGCUAAAACACUGCGAACAUCCAGUGUACCUAGGCGUGCAACUCGAUCGCACCUUAUCCUAUAAGCAGCACAUCCAGAAGGCAAUAGGUAAAGUGGGAUCUCGAAAUGCCAUCAUCGGGAAGCUCGCAACAUCACACUAUGGUGUUGACCCCAAAACCGUACAAACAGCAGCUGUUGCCCUCUGCAUGUCAUCCGCAGAAUACGCUUGUCCCGUAUGGAGCAGAUCAGCUCAUGUGAAAAAGCUUGACACCACACUCAACAACACAUACCGAAAGAUAACAGGCUGCCUGAGACCAACAAAAGCUGAGAAGAUAUACCAUCUCUCUGGGGUCGGAUCUCCAGACCAAAGGCGCACUAACAUCUGCCUAAAGGAACGAUUGAAACAGUGCACAGAUGACAGACACAUGCUGUACGGACACCAACCGCCUCACAAGCGCCUUGUAUCCCGGCACAGCUUUCUGGAUUCUGUCCCACCACCUGAGCAGAAUCCCCCACCACCAGUCAAGCCUCUACCCAUCAGAGGACUCAACUUGAAGUGGCCAGAGUGGCAAUGUCUGAACCGGCUGCGGACCAGAAUGGGGCGGUGCAGGGCCAACAUGGCAAGAUGGGGGUAUACCGAUAAAGAAGAUACCCUCUGUGACUGCGGACAGAUCCAAACGAUGGAUCAUGUUCUGGAGUGCGGCGGAAUAAACUGCACGGACGAGGACCUGACCCUUGUCACUGAGACGGCCAUCACAAGCAUCCAGAGAUGGAAGGACAUUAUAUGAUCUAUGGAGGAGACACGAACGAACGAUACCAUACACAUACAUCCCUUGUGGUAGGAUCGCGACCCCAGGAAUCGCCAACCAAGCAGUUCCACUACUACGCUGGCCCUGCCUGCGCCCACCAGCAUAAGUCCAGGAGUAGAACCACCCCAGCUGAAGAGGAGGACGAUAGCUUGAAGGAGAGACAGAGAGAAAACAAGGUGCUAGAGUUGCUGAUCAGGUCCCGGAGGAAAGCCCUAGCCAACUACAAGGCCAGGCAGGAAACACUUCUUGACGAGAAUACUAAGCUGAGAGAAGAGAUUGAAGGCAAAGAGAAAGAAGUGCAUGAUGAGGUGAAAUCAUUACUACGAAAGUAUGAGAGAUUUAGGGGAGCUGUUUCAACACUGACUUCAAAGUUUGAAACUGAAAAGGUUCUUGCAAGAAAAGCUUACGACGAGGCAAAAGCGAAAGUGGCCAAGGAGGUCGAAGCACUUGAGAAGCAAGGCCAAGCUUUGGACAACAAGCUGAGAGAAAGAAAGACGGAGCUGUCUGUCCUGAUGAGUUACAAGGACAAGGAAUACCCAGUCAGAGCAAUGAAGAUUGCCGAGCUACAGAAGCAGAUUCAGUAUCUCUCCACAGAAUAUGAGGCCGAAAUAAACAACCUGAUCAGUAUAACGGCCAUUGAGAAGGACAAGUACUAUCAGGAGAGUGAAGAGAGACUCCAUGGCAUCAAGGAGACGGUGACAGACAACGCCAUUGACUCUAUGCAUGACAGCCUCAAGGAAAUGGCCAUGCAAAACAUCGUCAUGAGAAAGGAGAUUGAAGGGCACAAUGGUCUGCUGGAGGAGUUAGAAUCUACCAUCCAGGACCUCACCCAGCAGGUGUCGCAGCUGAGGGUGGACCCCAAGACUAGCACCAGACAGGUCAUGUUCCCGCAUUUAUUCAAAGAAACACCAAAGUGCACACCAGAUAUGGACGUAGUUCUAGAUAUCCCAACCCAACAGUGGCUUCCAAUCUAAGGCACUGCACUCUACAGAUAGACACUUGAUUCUUGCUGGACUGGCAUACAUUGGCCAUGGAGAACUGAUUUGGUUCCGUCUCCAGUAACACAUGUGCAAGUCCACAGACUGAACAGAAGAAGUCCACCUUCAGCGUAAUUAUCCACAAAGCGUGCAUAGUGAACCGUAAGCCCUGCCCACUUUUGGCUUGCUACCAAGUUUGACCGAGCUAAUGAAAACACCUGACCAAGUCGUGAUCUAAUUGGUCAGUGGUCACUGUUUGAUUAACAGGCAGGAAGGGUCCAUUGAAAUACCAUAUAAACUUGUGCAAAAGGUCCAAAAAGAUCUUGGCAAACAGUGGGUUAACCCUUUAGUCACUGUGGCGCCCGAAACCGCCCCGCCUAUUACUUACUGUAAUGCAUGAAACCGCCCGAGCACUCCAAGGAUUCUUCAGUGAAUAAACACAAUGUAAUUCACUAAUGGGUUAAUUAAUACUGUACCUGUAGUCUGUCAUGCAGUAAUCAGGCUAAAGCCCUAAAAAGUACUGCAAAAUUGGUUCUGGAGUUUGAUGGUUCACUUUCAGAUGCCCUAUUUGCAUGUUUUAUCAUGAAGGUGACCUUUUAGGAAGGGAUUCAAGUUUUAUGUAUUAUGUAUAUGUGUAUAUAUACCAUGAGGUUGCCUUUUAAUUUUUUAGAUUUGAAAGUCAGUAUUUAAAGAUGUACUGUCUGUGCUCUUCAACAAAUUCAUAUUUGUUUUUUAAUUCUAAUGAAUUUACAACUAACACUGUGAUUUUGUCCCCUAUUUUUGAGAUCUUUGUGGCACACAAAACAGAUAAGCAGACAAGUUACAAGUUGGUUUCAAUGGAGAGGGGGAACAGACUGAGACUACCCUGCAAGAACAGAAUUAUUGUCAGCCGCAAAAAAAAUGUUUGCUAAAAAAUAGCAAUUGAAAGAAAAGAUCAAUUUUUGGGUGGAACUAAAAAUAGCACAGACAAUACAUUUUAAACAAUUUCCUAGUUGUACUUGACACAGUUUCACAUUAUUCCAUUUCUCAUGCUUUUGGGAUAGCAUGCGAGAUAGAGAAAUAACAUCCAGUCAAAUAUAUAAUCCACCAACUAUACAUUACUCUGUUAAGAACUUCUGUCUAUAAUCUUUGUAAAUUGCUUGGUUCACAUGUAAAUAUUUCAAAGAAAACCUUUUUAAUAAGAAAUGCUAUCAUGGAAAAUUCA